UUUCUACAUAUCAGACCGGCUCCAGCACCUGACCUUGGAACAAAAACUUUAUGUGGCACAGAGAGAAGUAACAGACACACAACAAGAACAGGACAAGCUCAAACAAAGAUAUGACCGAAUUCAGGACAACUACAAGGCCUCUCUGAAAGAGGCAGAACUACGUCUGACAGAGAUCAUGAAGGCCAAGAGUGAGUUUGAGCGCAGGUUGCUCAAACCUGUGAAGGAUAACACACUGAAAAUGAAGGAUCCAGAAAAGGUUCUCCAGUACAUAGAAAACAAGUCAAAGGUCACUCAGUUGGAGACAUUUAAUUUGAAGAACCAGGCCCUGAAGGUCCAGGUGAAGAAGCUCCAGCAGCAGCUUCAACACAAAAGAGAGAUGGGAAAAGCUGAGUAUGAGGAAAUUUUCCACGAGUACAGUGAGCAGAUAAUUGACAAAAAUCUGGAUGAACUUCAAGUCAACAGUUUGAAAGUACGGUGUAUCCUCAGCUCAUACAAGGAGAAGCUGCAGAGUGUGACACAGGACUCUACAGAGUUGAGCAAUGAUAUUAUAGCCAGGAAGCAGAUGCUGGCAAAAAUUGAGGAGGAGAUAAAACAUGCUGAGGAGGAGCGUUUAAAGGCAGAGGCCCUCAACCAGCACCUGCACCACCAGAUGACAGAGUAUCAGGCUCCUGAUAUCAUUGAAUACAUUUGUGUCAGGGACAAACACAAGAAGCUGCAGCAGAGCAUUCACACAUUGCAGAGGAAGGUCGGGAUUGCUGAGAUGGCCCUGAAGGCCCACACUAAAGCCUGGAACACACAGAGAGCCAUUCUUACUCCUGCAAACACUGCUGCAGCUGGAGCCAGGUAUGGGGAGGACCAAACCCCAGUAAAGCUACCAUACAUAGCUGAACACACAGGGACACAGGGGGCAGGAGAGCCUACCGGAUUUAUUGAAGAAUACAUGAAUGUGUCCUAAACUAUGGUGGCAAUGAAACGACUUUGCUCCAUUUGCAGAUGCCCUGUUCUCCAACAUCUGAUGAUUUGUUAUAACAAUUUGAUACUUCUUGCUUGUUAGGAACUGUAUAAAUGGCAGCUUGAAGCCUUCAUCCUUUCAUGACUUUUAGUUGGUCUUCACUCAUACUCACUAUGUGUCCUUGGAAGAAUUACACCAUUAUGAGGAAUGAAAGGUACAUUAUGUCAUGUUCAUCAAUAAAAUAACUUCAUUUUCUAUACUAUAUUGCCACCAUUACCAUUCACUCAAUCUAGU